CCAUCACCUCGCGCACGGUGGGACAGCAGACGAUUCGCGAAAACUGAGGUCGGCACGGUCGGGAUCCGACCAUCGAAGUUGGGGAUGACGGCGGACGGCGCCGGCGCCGCAAGGGUUUCUUCCGACGAAUCGCAGACGAGGCAAAGAAAGAAGAGAAAAUGGGAUCAGCCAGCGGAGUCUUUGGCGUCGAUUGGGUUGGCGUUGCCCGGUGUUCUUCCGUUGGCCAACAUGGGAUCUCUUGCAGGGACUGCCGUUCCGACGGUGGCGCCGGUCGCUGCUGGGCUUCUGAUGAAUUCACUUCCAGCUAAUGGCGUUGCGGCAUCCCAUGCACUUCAUUCAGCUGCACUGAUGCAGCAGAGUGCUGUGGUCGCUCCCAAAUUAAACCAACAAAAAGGCCAAGAAGACUUGAUGAUUGCUCGGGAAAUUGUCAUAAAUGAUGCUGAAUCUGCUGUCCGGUACAAGCUUACAAAGCGUCAAACACAAGAAGAGAUUCAGAAUUGCACUGGAGCUGUGGUGACGACUAGGGGAAAAUACCGGCCGCCAAAUGCCUUACCUGAUGGUGGAAAGCCAUUAUAUCUCCACAUUUCUGCUGGCGCUCAUUUGAAAGAGACUGUUGAACGAAUUAUAGCUGUUGAUCGUGCAGCGGCCAUGAUUGAAGAGAUGCUGAAACAGGGUCAAAAUUCGCAGCCUGUCUUCUAUCCUGACAAGGGAGUUAAGAUUUCUCAAGCUUUGAGCACAUGCGUGUAUUUGGGGUUUGACGUGGACCCAUCAUGGAACAUUGCUUCCCGCAUUCGUGGACCAAAUGACCAAUAUAUAAAUCACAUUAUGAAUGAAACAGGAGCGACUGUCUUACUAAGAGGGCGUGGUUCUGUUACUUCUGAAAGCUUGCAUGGAGAAGAAGGACAGCAGCCAUUGCAUUUAUUCUUGUCCAGUAAUAACGCAAAGAGCCUUGAAAGUGCGAAGAGUCUAGCUGAAAAUCUUCUGGAUACAAUCAGUUUAGAAUGUGGUGCCUCCAGGGUAUCAUCCUCUAAAGUGUAUGGUGCUGUUCCUCCUCCUCAGCAGUUGGUGGUGGGAUCAAACAGUUCUAGAAGUGAGGUAACAGAAAGUACAAAUCCAGCUACUGGUUUGACAUCUACUAGUGGCUUUACUACAUCUCCACCCCUUUCGUCACCAAUGGUCCAUGGGGUAAGUUCUGUUUUCACUCAAGGGGCAGUGUCAAUGUCUGGGGGAGUGCUAGGUUGCAUUCAGACUCAACCAAACAUGGUCCACCAUUCCCAGCCUUUGGUAACUGGUGGAACGAGAUAUAGUGGAUAUGAAGGAAUAUAUCCUCAAGCCACACCUAUGCAACAAGUUGCGUUGGUUCUUAAACAGUCAACUUCUGUCACGUCUUCCGUUGCCUCUGCACCAGCAUUGGUAAGCAUGAUGUCUGAGCUGAGUUCUAAGCCUGAUUUUGAGAAAGAGAAGAGGCCUCCACCGAGGCGGAAGUUUCAGGAGCUGCCAGUCGGUAAUAAGGAUCCAGCACCAAAUUAUCAGGUAUUUUCUCUGACCUUCUAUGAAGCUAACUGCCAGAUACUGGACUCCUGUUGUAGGAACAGUGGAUUUAUGUGUCACAGGGAAUCAGCAUGUUUAAAGCUGAGUGAGCCAGAGUUAGACAUGGGUUCAAGAAAAAUAUCGACCAUGCCACCUCCAAAGAAGUUAGUACUGCCAUUAUCAAACGCAAUGCCACCGCCUCCACCAAAAAGCAUGCCCCCACUCCCUCCAAAAUUUACUGCACCUAAAUCUAGUCUGGAAGUAAAUGAUAAGGCAGGGAGUUUGGACAAAUCAAGAUCUGAGAUUAUACCUGAUACUCUGGUCAAAUUGAUGGAAUACGGGGAUGAAGAUGAUGACCCCGACGAAAGCAGCGAAGAAUCACUUGGCAGCAAUUCGACUACAGUGACAACUCAAAAACCAUUUUGGGCUGUGUGAUUUGUACGUCUUCAACAGUUAAAUGGAUGGAUUGACCAUGUUGCUACUCCAUGUGUAUCCUGUAAUGGCAAGCAGGUUGUGACAGAAGUUUUCUUUGAACUGAUGGUGGUGCCAACUCAUUUUCGGAGGAACAGGAAUGUUGCCAGCUUCUGACCCGAGUCGUGCUUGCUGCCCAGUCGUCUUGGUGGCUGAGUUUCGUUGAGGUUAGAAAUGGUUUUGUUAGUUUCCAGACGGCAUGGGGAUUUUUACAUGUACAUUAGUUUUUAUGACUUGCUUGGCUCUUGGAAUUGGGGAUAUGGUUUCUUCAAUUGUCAUUCUGUCUGCCAAUAAUAUGAUUUGCGGUCCUUUGUUCA